AUGGAUCCCGACCGCCUGAGCCGCUUGGGUUCAGUGGACGCGCGAUGGUGGGUGACCUUCCGGUCACGUGCACGAGCAAGGGCCUUUGGAGCCGGCUUCGCUGCGCUGCUGGUCCGCUUUGUGACGCGACCUUGGUGCAUUAGUUUGUACACAGUUGACUUCGGCUCCUGGCCUGUGGUCUCUGCUCCGGCGCGCACCGUGGUCUCAGCUUCCCGUGUGGUGCAGAGCCCUGCGUCGAGCCCACGGGUCGUGCAGCGCGGCCUCGCCAAGGUGAUCACGGAGCGGGCGCGCAGUGCGGCACCGAGGGCGCGCUUAGUGGCUCGCAAUGACGGCGCCACCAACGGCGCCGGUGCCGUGGUCACCGUGUCUCGGGGCUCGGUGCGGCUGGUGUCCAGCGGUGGCGCCGGCGGCACAAGCGGCACAAGCGGUGCCGGCAAGGAACGUAGGGUGGAGGUUGAGAAGAAGAAAGCUGCACCAGAGGUGAUCAAAAAGGUCAAAGCUCCAAGACCCAUCUCCUCAGAGGCCCUAAAGAAAGCUGCUAGGCCGGCGACGCCGGCCACGCCCCCGCCCCGUGGACGGACGGUGCUCUUGCCUCGACAGGCGGAAGAGUCAAAGGCCUCGGUGGAGUACAACGAGAAGAACAUCACCCAGCUUCGACCCUACCACAAGGAUGACACGCACAAGGACCUUUGGCUCAAGCCGUUUUGCCUCAAAAAAGGAAGCGCUGAGCUGCGUGAGAGGUUACGAGCCCAACCUGACGCCAUGGAUGUACGGAGAAGGAGAUCGGAGCCCCAACCUGCUGAGGGUGCUGAAGGGCCCGAUCAUGGAUCCCAAGAGGGAGCCGAUUCCAAAGCCCGCGAAGGUGAUGGAAGAAGACUGAUGGCGAUUGAAGACGCCGCUGAUGCUGCCCGAAAAGGUGAAGCCAAGGAGGACGCCCAGACGGGAGCAAGAUUGAAAGAUUUCCCAAAGGGUGAAGCCAAGGAGGACGCCCAGCUGGGAGUAAGAACCGCUGCCCGAACCGGUGAAGCCAAGGAAGACGCCCAGACGGGAGCAAGACCAAAAGAUUUCCCGGGUGAAGCCACAGAGGACGCCCAAAAGGGAGUUGAUGAAGGAGCCUCGAGGACGACAGAAGCCCCGAGGACUGGCGGGAGUGUGGUGCCAAAUGGAGGAGAGGGUGUUGUGGGUGGGGAGACGCCAGGGAGGUCGUUUUUCACACCAACGGCAAGGGGAGGGAAGGUCACAGAGACCCCCAAAGAAGUAGCAGUCAUGGGACCAAGGGGGAAGCCUCAGUCCUUUGGGCCGCUGUUCACCCCUGAGCAAGCAGCCAAGAUGGAUGCGCUGCGAGCCCAAGCCCCACUUCUGGACACAGCACGGGCCAGAAGAGAAUGUGAAGAGGCUGCAAGGCCGAAGUUCCUGGAGGACGCACAGAGCAUCCCCAGGGUUGAGAAGUUCCUGGAGGACGCACAGAGCAUCCCCAGGGUUGAGGAGAUGAAGUCCUACGAGCGAGAACUCGAUAGGAUGAAUGGCUUCAUGGAUGAUGUGAAGCUUCGAAUGGCAGAGCAGCAGGAAGAGAAGACCUUGCUGCAGAAGAUGUUGAUGGAGACCGCUGAGAACGAAGCUCACUGGCGCUCAGAGAACGCCGAGCUUCGCAGGGUGGUUGAAGACUUGAGGAGGCUGAGACCCCCAGAAGAUGAAAGGAGGCUGAGACCCCCAACUGAGGGAAGAAGGCCGACGCCCCCACCAGGAGUUGAUGUUGAGGACAGGUGGAUGAAGACACCGUGUCCGCCCCAUGAGAUCGCCAUCCACACGCCGCCUUCACCCCCGGAAGAUCCCUUCGCCACGCCAGAGGAGCCCAGAAGUGAGGAGGUCAAGACCGGAGGCAGAGAUGGAGGAGCGGGUGGUGGAAUUAAGGAAGAGGAAAGAGAGAUGUCCAUGAAGGCACUCUUGGCAAUGAUGAGGAACAUGCAGGAGAUUCAGAAGAGGAUGCUCGAGAGAGAGCUGAAGGAUAAGGAUGAGGAGAAGGGAUUGGCAGGAGGUGUGGAAUGGGUGCGGGGACAGCCAGAACUGCCUCGUCUCCCACCAUGGCAUCAUGUCAAUGCCCCCAUUGACCUGAAUGACUGGCUGUCGUUGGUGGACCCCGUGAUGUCAGACCUCACAGCGACGAGCCAGAAGUGGUGGCAGCUGCUGGUCCAAGAAGCCCAGGCAUGGUAUGCCACCCACCAACAGAUGUCCCCGAUGGAAAGGAUCCAUCAUGAAGCCCUUCCCAGCAAAGAGCUGGAAGACCCAAGAUGGACGCGGCUUGAGCGCCGUGCAAGUAUGAUGAUGCUGCAGGCGGUGCCAGAGGCACAACGUGAGGAGCUGGUGAGCGCCAAACGCCUGACAGCGAUGAAGGUGUUGUGUCACCUGCUGGUGACAUAUCAGCCAGGAGGAUUGGCUGAGAAGGAAGUCAUCCUCUCCAAUCUGGAGAACCCGCCUGAAGCACAGACGGUGCCAGACGCACUGCAAGGGCUCCGGAAGUGGAUGAGAUGGAGAAGAAGAGCAGGUGAGUUGGCUGUGUCCGAGCCGGACCCGUUCAUCUUGCUAAAGGGGCUUGGCAAGGUGGUCAAGAAGAGCCUCGAGAUGAACAAGGAGCUGAGCUUCAGAGUGAGCCUGGCAAGGAACAACCUUCAGGUUGACAGCAACCCAACUUCCAAGUCGGUUGGUGCAUUUGCAACGCACCUGAUGGCCGAGUUAGAGCAGAUAGCACACCUUGACCCCCACACCGGCAUGCCUAAGAAGGCAACCCCCCCGAGAGAGCAGAACCCCCUGAAGCAGGAGCCCAGGCUGAAGAAGCUCGAAGGGAAGGAGGCUGGUGGAGGAUACAAAGGAGAUGGGAAAGGCAAGGAUGCCAGACCCGGAGACGUUUGCCGUUUCUUCCUGACGGAACACGGCUGUAAGAAGGGCAAAGAUUGCCAAUGGCAGCACCAGGUUGAUGACCAGAAGAGGUGCUGGAACUGCGGUGGAAAGGACCACUUUGCAGACAAGUGCCCAAGACCUUCGUUCAGAAACCCCGAAGGGCAGAAGGAGUCCAAGGGUGAAGGAAAGGGUGCACGAAGCUUGAAGAAGAAAGAUGAAGAUUCCCCAGAUGGGAAGAAAGAGAAAGAAGAAGAGAAGCCAAAGAGAGAAGAUCAAGAUGCCGAGAAUGGCAAAGGACAGGUGAUCAAGGAGUUGAUGGAAGAAGCCAACAGGAUGCUCAGAAAGAUCACCAAAGAAGCAGACAGCAACAAGGAGACGAAGAUUGACCAGCUCCAGAAGCAGCUGGAUGAGCUGAAGUCCGUCAAGGUCCUCAGACUGGCAAGGCUUCAAGAAGGAGGUGCCAGAGGCCUCUUGGACUCAGGCGCAACUCACCCAUUGAGGGGGAGGCGCGAAGGAGAGAAGAUGAAGGGCUACAAGGAGGUGACAGUCUCCCUAGCCGGAGGAAAGGAGGCCACACUCCAUGUGACCAAGGAAGGCAUCAUGGUGGCCAAGAACCCAGGCACAGAGCCAAUCGUGCCAAUGGGAAUGGUGGUAGAUCUUCUGGGAUGUAGGGUUUCCUGGGAUGAAGAUGAAGUCUGUGUGACACAUCCCAAGAAAGGGAAACUGGAGGUGGUUCUUCGUGGAGGAUGCCCUGAAGUUUCAAGAGACGACGCCCUGAUGCUCAUCGAGGAGAUCGAGGAGAAGGUCCGGUCCAUCAGACCGAAGACACUACAUGAGCAGGAGGAGCAACAAGCAAAGCAUGAGGAGAUGGAAUGGUUACAAAGGAUCCUGAAGGAGCACCCAGCCUUCAGGAAAAUCCCAGAAGAUCUGAGGAAGAAGAUCCUCGAACCACCAACAGAUGAUGUUGCCAUGUGUGGCAAUCGAAGACAGAGGAAGAAGUGGGCUAAAGAAGGCCUCAUUCUGCAUCUCUAUGCAGGUGAAGACGAAGGGUACACGUUCAGACGUGCCUUUCAUGAAGUGGGGGGAGACAAGAGUUUGGUCCUCGAGGUGGACAGUCUCCGAGACCCCAAGUGGGACAUGCUGCCUCAAGGCAAGGCAUUCCCGGCGCUGUUGCGCUUGGCACUCAAAGGUUGGCUGAAGAUGGUCAUGGGUGGACCCAACUGCCGUACAAGGAGCGUCUUGCGGCACAGGCCUCUCGGUGAAAAGGAGUGGGGACCAAGACCCCUGAGGAGUUGGCAUGAAGACCAGGAAUGGGGGAGGAAAGAUCUCACCGAAAAGGAGAGGCAGAGGGUCGAAGAAGAUGACAUCCUGAUGCUCAGGAUGAUCAUGCUGUUCAUCGUGGCGGAAGAAGUCCGGAAGGUGAACGGUGUGAAGACACCCACUCAGUUCGCCAUCGAACAGCCAGCGGUGCCAAAAGAAGAGGAGGUAGUAAGUUGGUGGAAGACUGGGAUCUGGAAGAUGAUGGUGAAGAUUUAUGGCUUCAAGGAGUCCACCUUCGACCAAUGGAAUUGGGGAGGCAAGGCUCACAAGCCGACGACGGUUGGAGGAACCAUUGAAGUGGAAGCUCCACCAAGGAUCCCAGGAGGAAAGAAGAGGGAGGUUGAAGGAAAGACCCCAGAAGAGCUGCUGAAGGAAUCAAGGCAGUUAGCCCGAUGGGCGCCUGGCAUGAUGAGAGCCCUGGCAGAGCAGGUGGUGGAGAAGGUCUGCGGCAUAAAGCCCAAGAUGAGACCACUCAGCUGGGACGAGCACGUCCGCGCAAACCACACACCUUUCAGAAGGGAUUGCCGCAUUUGCCAAGAAGCCAUGGCAAAGGCAUCACCACACCGCAAAGCAGGACAUGCCAGAGCAGGGGUGCUCUCCCUAGACCUGUCUGGACCCUUCAAGAGGGCCAAAGACAUUCUCAAAGGAACUCACGCCAAGUUCCUGCUGGUCGGGGUCUACACGUGGAUUGAUCCACGACCCGGUGGCCACCCUGCCCCGGAUGAAGAGGAGGUGGAAGUGCCAGAUGAAGCACCAGACCUUGAAGAAGGGGAUGGGGAGGUGGAUCCAGAGAAGAGGCCCAGAGGACGGCCAAGAAAGGAUGACCUGGCGAUGAGAAAAGAAGAAGAAAGAAAGAAGUGGAAAGAAGAAGGAGAUGCCGAGAGAGCGGCAGAAGAGGCCCAGAGGCCACAGAGAGGAGAGCCCAUAGAGGGUGGAAUCUUCAAUGACACAGAUGAAGAAGAGGCGGCGAGAGUGCCGGCCGAAGAAGACGCUGGCAGGGUGAGAGAGCCCGAAGCAGCACAAGCAGAUGCAAGCAGGGUGAGAGAGCCCGAAGCAGCACAAGAAGACACACACACAAGCAGCCAAAGCCAACAGAUGGCGAAGAAGAAGAAGAAGACGAUGGACAUUGUAAGAGCAGUGCAGCUCUUCUACCUCCGCUUGAGGUCUGAAGGUUUUGUGGUGAAUCAGAUUCACACCGCUCCCAAAGAAGAGGAAGAGGAGGAGGAAAGACGCGUGAAGAUGAGAAGGAUCCAAGAAGUGAUCCGAGAUGAGAUGGGCAGAGUCAUGGAAGAUGACGAAGCCAAUGUCCACAUCACCAUGAAGGAGCUCUGGAAGUUGAGGAAGUUUUCAGAGGAGGAAGCUCCAGAUGAAGUGCUCCAAACAAAGGUGGUGGGGAUGCAAGAAGUCAGAAGGGACUUCCCCAAAUGGAAGGAAGCGGUGGAGAAUGAGAUCAGGUCUCUGUUUGAGACGAAGGGUGCUCUCAGGAAGGUUUCGCCAGAGGAGAUGGAGGAGAGGAAGAAGAAGGGCGAGUUGGACAUCAUUCCGUCCAAGCUCGUAUGCACCUUGAAGCCUGAUCCCACCAAUCCAAAGGGGAAAAGAAAAGUCCGAAUUGUUGCCUGCGGCAACUUUGUGACGGCUGAAGGAGCUGACAAGAAUGAGCUCUUUGCGUCAGGCUCAGACGCCAUAGCCGUGCGGCUGGCUGUAGAUGAAGCAGCCAAAAGAGGAUGGUCCGGGAAGUCAAUGGACAUCCGAACGGCGUUCCUGAAUGCGCCGAUGGAGCUUGAUGAGGAGGCAGAAGAAAGGAAGCUGAAGGAGAAGGAAGAAGGAAAAGGGAUCCGCCUAGCAGAGGCGAAAGACCGCAUCCGAGCACGGCAUGCGAGGGAUGUGGAGAGACAGCAGCAGAAGGAUGAAGAAGAAGAAAGAGAGGAGGAAGAAGCGCUGUGGCGAAGAGUGGCAGAAGCCAGGAGUAGCCACGCCGCUGAAGCGAAAGCCCAGCCAAAGAGGCGAGCAGCCAAGGCGAAGAUGAAGCCGAAGGCGAAAGCGAGGGCAGCAGAAGAAGAAGAAGAGGAAGAAGCCCGAAGAGAUCGGGAAGAGCUGCGACAGAGGCUCGAAGAAGAAGAAGAGGCAGAAGGAAGACUGGCAGCAGCCAUGGCCAGGCUACCCUGCCACACACCCACAAGCAGGCCAUCAACAGGCCAAGCAGCAUCCUCAACACAGAGGAUUCCACACACCCCAAAGGCGACAGCACCAAGGGUCCCACAGACACCAAGGACGGCACCAUCAACAUCAUGGCCAACCACAUCGCCCCUGCGGAGGUCUAUGGCAUGUGACCUGGGGUUUGGCCGUGGAGCAGCCAGCUCCGCUACCAGCAGCAUGCCGCUGUUGGGUGGUGGGAUGAUGAUGGAGGUCGAGCUCGACCCAAACGAAGAGCCGGCCAACGUGGUGGGAAAGGGUGACCUGAUGGCCGCCAAAGGAAAAGGGAAAGGAAGCCGAGAUGAUGGUGGAGGUGGAAAAGGAAAGAAGGGCGGCGAUGAGGGGUUUAGGCCGAUCAUCACGCCGUGGGGCACAAGGUUCCACACCCAUAGGUUCUGCCCGACGCUGGCGAACUCUCGGAAUCUCACGAUGUCUCCGUGGUGCGUUGCCUGUGCACCGGACGGAGUGGGACUGAGAGAACCAGUGUUUUGUAUAGAGCCUGGUAGGACCAAUCAUGCCGAUGGUGAUUGCCAUCCCAAUGCCAGACAGUACCAGAUUUGCAACAUAUGUUUGGAAAUUGAGGAAUCAUGA